AUGGAGCUUGGAGCUUGGGUUUUGUUCCUUUGCUUUGCUGGCAUUUUGGGUGAGGACAUUGCCACGAUUGUGCCUGCAGAGGACGACUGUGCAGAGUGGGAAUGCAGCCUCAAGCUGCACCAGCUACGCGCCAAGAAGGUCGACCACUUGGCAUCGGGACAUGCCUUGGACGACUCUGAGACUGAGGACCAUGACGAGCGCUUCGAGGGAUCGGAGCUUGGUGCCCAGAGCGGUAGCUGCCGCAACUCCGCGGACAUGAAAGUCUGGAGGGGUGGAGGAAAGGAGACCUUCAACCCCUCCCUCGACCAUUGUGCCCGAUCCUGCCGCUUUGUUGGGCCGUGGUAUGCCGGCUUGCCAUGCACCAGGGACUGCAUGCAGAAGAAAGGCUACAGCCGCCCCUGUGCUACUUGCAUGGCUGAGUUGGUGGACUGCAAGCGGGAACACUGCCUGAGCCCUUGCUUCAACAAGGACGAUGAUCCCGAGUGUGUGCAUUGCACGAAAUCCAGCUGCCGACACCAGAUGAAGCUCUGCAGCGGGCUCAAAAUUGGCGGACGCUAA